AUGUCCGACACGCCUUCGUCAACCUCCUCCUCGGAUGCACCGGAUCAGGCUUCAGCUCAUACUCAGUAUCGGCUGCGCGUGACCGCAGGACCGUCGCACGACCCGUCCACACACCAGCUUGUGCCCGUCAACGCGGACGAAACUCUAACGUUUGAAAAUGACCAUAUAAUUCUCUCUCUCGCGGUUCGAAUCCGCCGGUUCACGGGCUACCCAGACGAUUCGCCCGAGACCUCACCUUACUUCGACCACGACCUGCAUAAGUACGAUCAAUACUCGAUAGCGUUCUCGUUCGUCCCGAAAGUGGACAUCCCAGGCAGCGACCUCAUCUUCGGCAAUGACUUCGACAGACCCAUCAGAGACAGAUUACCGCCUGGGUUCAACCAAGCGCUAAGAAUUGUCAAGUGGUGGAUUGAUCCGGGCUUAGAUGGAGACGUCUAUGCGGACAAGCCCUACUUAUUUGGCCCGGCAUUAAGCAGUUGGAACAUCCUGCGGAUAGGGGACACAGUGGUAGAAAAAGACCAACUCCAGGACAAAAGCGCAUGGAAGAUCCCUAAUGCGGCGUCGUUCCACGAGACGGUCGUGGAAGAGGGUGGCGAUGGCUCUGGCGAAGAGAUUCGAAACAAGUCCGGGAUCCCCGAAGAUGCGGCUGCGCGCAAGAAAUACUUUCUCACACCUGCUAAUCGAGACGCUUUCGUCUUUGAGGCUGGCCGCCUUUACCAGGCCGACUUUGGCAACCCCUACCUCGACUUCAACGACUUCUCUCUCAAGCUGCCCGGUUUCAGCCUUAAUGUCAUCAAAUACGUGGAUGCCAAGUCCCACGAGCUGCGGUAUACAUUGAAGAACAAAUCGACGGGGGAGAUCUACGCUGCCGUGGUUUUCACGCUCCUUUUCGGCGAAGAGCUAGAACAGGCAGAACAGGCGAAAGAAGCUGGCCACGGUGAUGCUGGGGUGGAGCAGAAACCUCAACCCCAGAUUGAGGACGCAGUACCUGAUGACGACGACGACAUUGAUUAA